AUGAGAUGUAACAGCGAAAGUAGAAUGUCCAGGGAAAUGACGUCGGGAAUUAACCCAUAUGGAGAGAGGAAAAAAGAGUCUAGAAAUUUUGGAGACUUUUCUGAUAAUUACAAUUUCCUGCAAAGUAACGAUUCCAUUGGUGACUCCUUCGAAGAGAGAGAAAAAAGAAAAAAAAUGAGAGAAGAGGAAUAUAACAAAAUUAUGGAAAGUUCGGAAGAGAAGAGUGACUUUUUCAAUGACGAUAAGAAUUGCUACUCCUAUUCGGACAGGAGUGAAAUCUCUCAAUCACAAGUGAGCAAAUCUCCGUCAGUGGGGUCUACCUUCCCUUUGCCUGGAGGAACGCAAAAUGGAAACACCUACCAUAGUGGCAGAAGUAACCAUGUUCUGACACUAACCAGCGCAACUUUAGAGGAAAACAUUUUAAGAAAUUUGGAAGACGAUAGUAGCUACGAUGGACAUUUCGGUAGCGACACUGAGAAGGGUAAAAGUGUGAGAUACAGUAGAAGGAAAUCCGUUACGAGUGAGAAGUCACCCCAGGAGGAUCACUUUCGCCAUCAGAGAAGUAGCCUAAAAAGUGGAAGAAGUAGCCGCAGAUUUGAAAAAUGCCCCAGUGGGGGGAAGGUAAAAUUUGAUAAAGGCGAUAGCGCUGAUUAUCUCCAUAGAACGGCAUUCAAAAUGGCACAAAUGGGAAACACGGAAAAAACAGGUCUCUGGUUUAUAGACACCAUGAAUGAGAUGCUAGAUAGCCUUUCCGAUGGGAACGAAAAAGUGGAAUACACAAACGAUGGUGCUGUGGUUAAUACCAGCUCGAACUACGUCAAUUUAAAUUACGCCCCGUUAGGAAUAAACACCAUAUUGAGGUGGCCAGAAUAUUUAAAACUGAACAGCCUAAUUUCGGGCGUUCAUAUUUUUCCCAUCUAUGAGGGCAUACGCAGCAUGUUUAUAAAAUACCAGAGCCAAAAAAUGGAGGGGAAAAAUAAAAAGGCAGGAAAAAGCGCUACCCGUUUGCCCUUACCCACAUUUCCGCACCAAAAUGAAAAGGAUAGAUGUAUCCCAAAGGUUUAUUCAAAUUUGCCAAACUUGAAUAUGCCAACUGACGGUGAGGAUAUUGCACAUGCACAAUACCCUCAUAACAACUUUCACGCAAAAAAAGGUACCACCAUAAUAUACGAUGACGAUUAUGAUGAUUUUCUCUUUUCCAAUUUGCCAUACCUAAUCCAAAGGAUGAGAAACAAAUAUAAUAAAUUCUGUGAACAUGUUGGAGAAACAUUAGAGCUUAUAGACAGAGAAAAUUACACAUUCAAGCAAUACUGUUUUGCACUUUCGAAAAUUCUUGUCCAAAAUUUAAUAAAUAUGAUACCCUUUUCAAAGUUCCCUGGGUUGGUUAGCCAUAUGACAAAUUCCAUCCAUACGUGUAUCCGUCCUAAUGAAAAUGAAGAAUCCAUGACGGAAACGGAUUUUGUCAACACGUAUAAUGUGCAGUACAGUAACAGCAAAAUGGGAACUGCAUAUUCCCUACCGUUGGAGUUGGAUAGGUCCACGUCAAAUUUAAGUUCCACCAUUCGGAUGAACUGCAUGGGACAGACAAAAAACAACGCGUUGCCGUAUUCGAUGCCCCAUUCGAUGCCCAAUUCGAAUGCAACGUUUGCUUGCAAGGGUGGAGGGAGUCACAUCCUCACCGGGGGAAGAAGCAUAAACCUAAAUGAGCAACAGAGAAGGCAUAGUUUUUCUCAAAUUUUCUAUGGCACCCAAAGGAACAGUACAAUUUUACCAGGCGGAAUACUUGAGGAAAGACGAAAUUAUCUAACAGGCAAUUUUAACACCCUGCCAAAGUACGUAAAAACGUGUGCCAAUAGUCGCAGAAAGUUAAGCCAUUCUCUAAGACCCGCCGAUUUAAUAAAAAUGGCAGGUGUGAAAAAUAAUGCACUUAUAAACGUGGGCACAUUACGGAAGUGUAAAUCGUCGCACAACCCAUCAGGAAGUCAAGAAGUUGUGCCAAAGGUUAACACAGAAACGGUGACUGAGGAGGAAGAGGCUGAUGCGGAAGGUAAGCACUUAGAUAACUUGCAAAAGAACAUCUCCGAUGAGCCAGACCAAUCGUUUAAUGCAACCGCCGAUGAAAAUUACUGCACGGCUAAGUCAAUUCCCCUUAGCUAG